AUGAACCACUCCCCUGCGAGGCUUCUAGUGGAUAGAUGCACCCCACGCGACAAGUUCGCGAGGACACACAUUCCGUUGAGGACCUCCCUCUGUCCAAGCUCAGACGACUCUGUAGUGAGCCCCCCAAGUAGCCCAUGGACUAGCGAGUUCAACGCACGCCGGCGGGCACACUCUUCUUCAGGUUCUCCGGGAUGGAGACAUCUGCCAACACCAAUCAGGCCCACGUUUCGGCCGCGCGAUUACGAUCAGACUCGCACACCUGUAUCACUAAAGGUCCUCCAACGGUCGUUGCGGAAUGUAGAAUUUGAUCCAUCCUGUCUGGACUGUCUAGACCAGCAGUUACUCCUUUCCCCUGCCGACUCGUUCUCGGAAGUGUGCUAUACUGAAGCUGUGCAUGAACAACCUCUGCAGCCGCGGAUACGCAAGCGUACUACAUUAUACGACCGCACUGCUAUGAGCGAGGAGGACCCGUACCAUGACUGGGACGAGAAUAUGUCAAUUAGGUGGAAAAAACUGUCAUCGCGGAAACCUCUUCCACCCUCUCCACCUACCCAAGCGCAGUCCAAGAACACGACACCCCGCAUGAGCACCCAAGAUUCGAUGCUCGCGGCCCUCGAAUCCCGAUUACUCCUCCACAACCCUGGGGACUCUGUCCACUUCUUCCCUGUGCCUUCGCAGAGGAGAAGCGAGGAUACACGCAAGUCUUCUUUGGAUGCCCCUGCACCGUCCAUCUCUUCCGCGGGCUCCAGCAGCUCGACGGGUACACUGAAACGCCUGAGCCAUGCGCUCUCUGCCCGAUCACGAGCGAAGUCCAACGUUUGA